AUGGUGCUGAUUUUUCAUCGUCUAUAUCCUCAUACACUGAAGUUGAUACUAUUGAUUGCUCUGUGUACUUUAUCAGAUUGCUAUGACCCGUGGGAUCCAAAUGGUAACAUUUCUGUAACUUUUGACAUUUACCAACGGACAGACAAUGGAUAUCUGGGAAGGGUGACCCUUCAAAACUAUUAUCAAUAUCGCCAUGUAGACAAACCUGGGUGGAAACUAGGAUGGAUAUGGGCUAACAGUGAAGUGAUAUGGUCAAUGAAUGGUGCCGUUGCAACUGAUAGAGGGAAUUGCUCAUCUUACAGCGGCUCUCAGAUGCCACAUUCUUGCAAGAAAGAUCCCAUCAUAGUUGAUCUCACUCCAGAUGUCACAAAAAACAGGUCAGAGCAUUGCUGUAAUGGUGGCCUCCUCUCUGCAUGGGCUAUUGAUCCUUUGAAGUCAUUCUCUUUAUUUGAACUUGAAGUUCGCAACUUGGGGGGAAACCCACUUGGACAAGCACCUAAUAAUCUUACAUUGAUGGCCCCAGGUCCUGGUUACACUUGUAGUCCACUUCUGGAUGUUGAUCCCACUGUUUCCUCAGAUUCUGGGGGACGAAGACAAGUUCCAGCUAUCAGAACUUGGAAGUCAACAUGUACGUACUCCAGUUUCGUAGCAAAUACAUCACCAUUAUGCUGUGUUUCCCUCUCAACAUUUUACAACCCUGCUAUCACUUCAUGCCGUAAUUGCAGUUGUGGGUGUCCAGAAUCAGAUGAAAGUACAGGGCCUUGCAUAAGGCCAGGUGAUCCCUUGCCACAGUCAAAUGAGGACAACAUAAUAGAAUGCACUAAGCACAUGUGCCCAAUUCGAGUCCAUUGGCAUUUCAAGAACAACUAUGUGGAUCAUUGGAGGGUGAAGCUAACAAUUUCUAACUACAACUAUAAUAGAAACUAUUCAAACUGGAACGUACUGGUUCAACAUCCUGGUUUAAGCCAAAAUGCAAUAACUUACAGCUUCAACAGUACUAAACUUCCGGCCCUUGGGCUCCAAGAUGGAGUUUCCCUUUAUUGGGGGAUAGAUUUUUACAACAGUGAGUUAUUGCAUUCAGAUAAAGAUCAACUGAGGAUGGUGACAACAGAUAUAAUAUUGGAAAAAGAUCCAAAUUCUUUCACAUUAAGUAACGGAUGGGCAUUUCCGAGAAGAGUAUAUUUCAAUGGCGAGAACUGUGAAAUGCCUUUACCGGAUACAUUCCCUAUGUUACCAAAUGGUAGCUCAAGACCAACAACUUACUCAUGUGGUUUCAAUCCCUUAUUAAUAUCUUUGUUUCUUGCCCUAGCAUUCCUUUGGUUUUGA